ACUGAGCUGGACCCCCGUUCUCAGGCUCUUCAUGAAACGAGGCUUCAAGGGCGCAGACAGAUCGCACGUAUGGUUGCAGCUUUGGUGCUGCUUUUUGCUCUCUCGUGGUUGCCUAUGUACGUGACUGAUAUCUGGCUUGACCGUGAGCUGCGCCAUCCACCAGACUGGCUCCUACAGACCAGACCCUUUGCACAGUGGUUGGGCCUCACCAACUCUUCUCUCAACCCUUUUUGCUACUGCUUCAUCGGUGACCUCCAUCGUUCGGCGAAGGCUUUGCGUUUGCGGCUGCUCGGUCCGUCACCAGCUUCAGCGCUGGCUCUGGCAUCUCUCCCAAAAAUAUUCAACCUGCAGAAUCAGGACAAAUCUCCCGUGGUUGCCACCGACAGCUCGCCCAACUCCUGCGGGGAGGACGCUGGGAGUCUGAAUCUGUCGAUGUGGUGGACUCAAUCUCGCACAUGUGAGUCAUUGAGCUUGCCUUACCACUUAGGAAUGACUGAGGCCAUUACGCUGGAUUCAUAG